AUGGCUCCAACAACGGCCGCGAAGCCUGAUCCGCGCCCGAUCGACCUCGACCUACCCGACAACUAUGUACAGCAGGAGCUCUCGAAGGAGAAGGACUUGCAGCCCAUUACCUGGGACUACGCCAUCCAUAACCUUCAGUGGCUUAGCAUUGCUAUUCUGACGAUAACGCCCUCCAUUGCGAUCUAUGGCGCUUUGACAACAACGUUGAAGUGGCAGACCUUUGUUUGGUGUGUUGUAUACUACUUCAUCACCGGAUUGGGUAUCACCGCUGGGUACCACAGACUGUGGGCACAUCGGUCCUACAACGCGUCGCCGGCUCUGCAGUACUUCCUCGCCGCGGCCGGAACAGGAGCAGUGGAGGGCAGCAUCAAGUGGUGGUCCCGCGGUCACCGUGCUCACCAUCGCUAUACUGACACCGACCUCGAUCCGUAUGACGCAAGGCGUGGCUUCUGGUACUCGCACGUUGGCUGGAUGCUGAUCAAGCCUCUCCGUCGCCCCGGCGUCGCAGACGUAUCCGACCUCUCGCGUUCGACCGUAGUCAAAUGGCAGCACCGCUGGUACAUCUACUUGAUCAUCGGCAUGGGCUUCGUCUUGCCGACCGUCGUCGCCUGGCUCCUCUGGAACGACGCGCGCGGCGGAUUCUUCUUCGCCGGUGCGGCUCGCUUGACGUUCGUGCACCACAGCACCUUCUGCGUCAACUCGCUGGCGCACUGGAUUGGAGAGACGCCUUUCGAUGACAAACACACGCCUAAGAACCACUUCAUCACUGCUCUCGUGACGGUCGGUGAGGGCUACCACAACUUCCACCACCAGUUCCCGAUGGACUUCCGCAAUGCGAUCAAGUGGUACCAGUACGACCCCACCAAGUGGUUCAUCUGGGCAUGCAGCAAAGUCGGUCUUGCCUCGCACUUGAAGACGUUCCCGGAUAAUGAGAUCAAGAAGGGCGAGCUCACCAUGCAACUCAAGCGUCUCCGCGCCGAGCAGGAUGCCAUCUCGUGGCCCUCUGACACUCAUGACCUUCCCGUCGUCUCAUGGAAGACCUUCCAGGAGCAGGCGGCGGAGCGCCCACUCAUUCUCGUCGCUGGCUUCGUUCACGAUGUCUCUUCCUUCCUGAACGAACACCCCGGCGGCCGUCACCUUCUCGCGAAGUACGUCGGCAAGGAUGCGACUACAGCCUUCUUUGGCGGUGUAUACGACCAUUCUAACGCUGCACACAACUUACUUAGCAUGUUGCGUGUCGGUGCCCUCGACGGAGGUAUGCCUCAUAUCACCGAGGAGAAGGCCGUUCCUCCCAGCUUGCGUCUCCGCGUUGCUCGCAACAACGAGCUCGCGAGCCCUUACGGCACCAGCGCAACCUCUGGAGACGAUCAUGACAGCGACGGUUUGCUGGGGUGA